CAGGAGUGCGGGCGGCGCGGGCGUGUUGCAGAGGGUGCGCGGGGCGUUGUAGAAGAGCCUCGAGCCACGGAGCGCCGCAGCAGAGCCGCCUGUGGUGCAACGACCAGUGUUUGUUAGUGGCGUGUCGUGGUCCGGGCGCCGCCCUGGAGGGCCGCCCCAGUGUAGUUCAAAGUGUGGUGGUGACAAGUGUUGUGGUGACAGUGUGGUGCGAGUGUGGUGGUGCGUGUGAGGAGCAGUGAUGCGACGACAUGAUGUGUGAGCAGUGUCGUCUCGGGGAGGAGGGGGACGCAGGGGAGCCCCCUAGCCCCGCCGCCCCCGUGCCGCCCUCCUGCUGCUCCUGCUGCCGGGGACGCCCACGGGACAUGGCCACGCGGCCGCUCGGGCCCACGAGUGCAGGGGCGAGGGUAGCUUGGGUAGUGCCCAGUGCCAGUGACCAGUGCAGUGCCAAAGGGGUUAUAAGGACAGCACGGGCCCCGGGCAGGACUCAGCCGUGGGUGACCAUGUUAGCGCUCAUACUUGCCCUCGUCCUUUGUCCCGCCGCCGCGGAGUACGUGCGCGAGUUCGAGGUGUCGGAGAUGGUGGCCGUGGGCACGAACAUCGGAUUCAUCGGUGACAGCAACCCCGGCCAGCCCUCGCCGCCGUCGCCGCCCUACCUGAUCGUGCCGGUGCCCGGGAGUGCGGUAGACUCUGACCUAAGGAUCGAACAGGACACGGGAGAGAUCAAGACCAACGUCGUGCUGGACCGCGAGCUCAGGUCGUCGUACUCCCUGGUGGCCAUCCCGCAGUCGGGGGAGAACAUCCGCGUCCACAUCAACGUCAAGGACGAGAACGACAACGCCCCGACCUUCCCGUCCGGCGUCAUGAACAUCGACUUCCCCGAGAACACGCCCCGCGACGUCAAGCGCACCCUGGCCCCCGCGCGCGACAAGGACCUCGGGAUCUUCAACACGCAGCGCUACGACAUCGUCUCCGGGAACGUGAACAACGCCUUCCGCCUGUCGUCCCACAGGGAGAGGGACAGCGUGCUCUACCUCGACCUCCAGAUCAAUGGCUUCC